CCCCUGCCGCCGCGCGCUGCCACACCUGCAUUAAACGGGGGAAGUCCGUCGAUGCGGUGAGCAGGCGAAGGAGAGACGCUGAGUCUGCGGACGGACAGCCAACGGAGGCAGCGAGACGGCCACCACAGCCGCAAGGAUCGGAACCUCCUGGUCCAAAAGGCUGAAGGUGCUCAGCGAGAGACAGCGGUGGGACUUUACGUAGCCCACGCAUGGCUGAAUAUUAAAAAAAGGACCUUCGCGGCUCAGAAAGGAAGACAUCAGACUGACAAACCAAGUGCGCAGGUUUUCCUUUGUGAUCCCUGACAGAGAGGACAGUGACACUGACUCGGCCAUUGUCUCUGCACCGUUUCCGGACAGUCAGGCUCCCCGAGGUCCUCGCCUGUCCAUUGUAUCGGGAGAGAGAGAGAGAAAAAAAAAGAAAAAUCCAGCUUGUCUACAUAAAGACCUAUUCAGCAUCAUUCCUCUUGACCGACAACAACAGAAUCCACCAAGAAAAGCAGUGUCCUUAGCCCUGAGCAAUUCCCUUCAUCCUUAGCCCCUUCUUCUCAAACCGCUUUACACCUAUUCCUCCCCCUCAGCCUCAAUCCACUUCCCAGCCUUAUCCCCCAUUUGAAGUCCCACAUGACAGCUCAGAAACAUCCGUUACCCUACCACUCCGCACGAGCCUGCUCUCCUCUCCCUCCAGCCCCUGUGGCGCUUGGCACCAGUGCCCAUCACAUAGACAGAUGGAGCCAACCCUGACCCCUCUCUUCGCCCGUGGGGACGCCAAAAGAUUCAACGCUUGAGUAAAGGAGAGGGGCGGGGGUUGGAGUGAGAGUGAGCGUGAAGAAAAGGAACAGGAAGUGCAGAAGGAGAGCAUCACACUGUCACCACGGCAACACAUCACACAAACUCUUGUGGACUCCCCAUCGGCUGUAGUCGAUGCUCUCGGAUAAAAUCGCGCGCAGCGGGAAGUUCGGCUCAUGUUAUCCCCUCGGCAUGUUUUUACUUUGGCCGUUUGACAGAAAAAUCUUGCUCUAGCUUUUUUUUUUUUUUGUCUGGACAAGGUGUCAUCAAAAUACUUGAUGAGGAAACCAAAGAUACAGGAGGAAAAUCAUUUUUCUAUGACAUACAGACUCUGAACACUAAUUUUAGAUAGAAGCGAGCACCGAAUGGAAACGGACUGAGAGAACUGAGUCAAUCAUUUGUUUCACCUGAGGAAACCAGAAGAAAGAAAUCUUGUGGGACUUCACACGCUGUGGGUGUGCUUUUCCCUCCUGUUACCUGCGACAUUCAUGUAUGCAAUACAUUAAUUACAUGGGUAUUAACUUUGCACAGGAGCGUUAUCAGAUUCAUUUUCCCGAUGCCAAACUUUGCCUGCUUGGAUCCUGUUUUUUUUACAUUUUUCUGCAGAUGAUCAGGACUCAGAUGAGCAUACAAUACCAGGCAACCACUUUUAAGAGAGCCACGUUCCACAAUAAAUGAAGUACUAAUAGCCAGUGAAAUGAAUCCAGCUGGCCAACAUAACAGAGAGGGGAAUACCGGCAUCCCAAAGCUUCCCAGGUGACUGCUGCCGCCGUGGAGGGACAAACUAAAAAUUCUGCUGCGGCUGCCCGGAUUCUUUGCUUUGAAUAUUGAUGCAGUAAAGGACAAUUUGUAUCCACUGGCUGUGGGCUAUAAAGAUUUUCAUUCACACAGAGGCAACCGACCUAAGAUGACUUUCUGGGACCUUUUUGUACACACCGGUGCCGAUAAGAUCCAAAUACAUUGGGCUUAGAGGAGGCUUACAAAUCCUGUAGCGUUUUAGAUUUCCACAGUUAGAAUUAUGAAUAUUUUAUUUAAAUCAUCUGGAAUCUUCUUUUGUUUUUGUCAUCGAGAAAUCUGACAAAAGACCAAGGUCAUUGGUGGAUUCUGCUGUCGUCCAUAUUCAGCAGGUUGGGAGUGGCAGCAGGAUGCCAGAGUUGGACAACUUCCCCCCUCUGAAUGAAGACAGAAGCCCAGAUCUGGGCCUUAACGGUCCGGCGGACCCGGCCCAAAUUCAGCACAGCAUCCUUGAGGAGCAGGUGGAGCUGUGGUGGUUCAGAGACCCUGGGCGGUCUCUACUUUGCUACUGUGUCUCGGUGCUCCUAAUCCUGGGCUGCGGACUCGGAGGCGUCGGCCUUCUCUCCACCACCACCAGCGUAUCGAGCGAAUGGCGGCUCGGCGCAGGCACGGCCCUGUGCCUGUUGGCCCUGGGGGUCCUGCUCAAGCAGCUGCUCAGCUCGGCCGUGCAGGACAUGAACUGCGUCCGGAGUCGACACCAGAUAGACAUGCUGAAGAGCGGCGGCUUGUCCGACAUCUUGGUGGUUUUGAUCACGGGGAUGUCGCUGUUGAUUUGUGGAGGGGUUCUCCUGCAUUUGGCGCUGGUUCACCAUAUGCCGAAGCCGGGCCAAGCCCUCAACGACAUGUACAUCUCUGGAGUGGUUUUGCUGGCGGGUGGAGGAGUCGCCGUCGUGGGCGUUGGGAUAUACACGGUGGUGGCUGUCCUGCUGGGGAGGACGAGACACGGACGGAGACUUGUAGACCGAGUUCUGAAUGUGUUUACCGUGUCAGGACACAUGGACCGCCACGCUCGCAGGGAGACCGCCUCCAGCUUGGCCAACCUCAUAUGAGGUCCGACUGCAAUGAAGCCGUGUUGGAUGGUUCCUGUUUCAAGUUUACUGGAGAAAAAUUUAACCUGAUCAUAAGAUUUGAAAAAAAAAACACAAAAAAACAAGAUCCAUUCUUUUCUUCAUUCAAAUGUGCAUGAAAGAAAAAUGAAACAAAUUUGGAAGGUAUAUAUGAAGUUGAUCAACUACAGAGCAAAGAAAAUAUUUUAUAACAGUAAAGCACAAUAAUGACAAUAAUACAAAUAAUACAGUUGAAAUUAGUUAUUUACGUACACUGUAUAAAAAUACAUAACUAUUUUGUGCCAUUAUAAGUCAGCUAAGAUAACAUUAUUUAUGUUUUACUUGUUGCUUUUAUCAAAAUCAGAAGUUCACAUAGAAUAAUAUGCCUUUAAACAAUUUGAGAAAUCAUGUCAUGGCUUUGGAAGCAUCACAAGAUUGAGUGAAAAUGAGACAACAGCUAAAACCUGGUGUGACAUUGUGGACAAAUGAAGGGGGAUUUGUCAAAAUACCAGGAGGAGAAUGGCCUGUCCUGUCUGGUUUACACAUACAAUUACCAAAUACCAGGACAAUCUACAUAAACAUCUGAUUUGAACAAAGAAAUAAAAUAAAAAAUAAAUAAAUAAAAACACCCAGAAAAAAUACAAUUUCAAUAAUCUGGAAAUUAGUAAAACAAAAUCAUUUCAGUUAUUCUAAUUUGGAAGAUAUUGAUCUGCUUUAAUGUCAAUGAGAAAAAAUGGUUAUGUAUCUUUUUAUACAGAGUAGCUACAUAUCUGGUUGGGACUGUGUAUACUUGUAAAUUAAUAUUGUUUAAAAACAUUUAAAGUGUAUGAAAUCUGGCCUUUAAUUAUGUUUAUUUAUGUAUAGAAUCUCUACCAACAUUGGUACAACCGAUGAGAAGUUAGUGCUAUGAAGAGCAUCAACUUAAAGUAUAAAGAGGACAUUUUUUAUAAGAGGAUGAAUGUUAUUUUAAGUGAUUCUGAAUAUUCAGAGACAUUUUACAGUUCAGCACGUUGCAACUGUGGCAGCAGCCGUUGCAAUGAGCAGCGGCUAAAUGCAUUGUAAUAAAUGUCUUAAAAGUAACAUCUGCUUGUUUAAAGCGUCCGCUUUAUUUUGCCGGUAUUGCAUUCAAUAUUAUGCUAAUUCACAUCAAAAACUAUUCAUCUGACCCCUGGACAAAACCUUUGACUAAUAUCAGCUCAAUAGUAGAUCAUUGUUCAGGACAAAAGCACAAUCUGGAAUACAAAUGGGAGAAUAAAGUAUGGAAAGAUUUCUAAUGAAAAGUG